UCCCAGGGCGUCUUCCGGCGGGAGCUGGCCGGCUCCUUACCAUGGGGACAAUUCAUCUCUUUCGAAAGCCACAGAGAUCCUUUUUUGGAAAGUUACUACAGGAAUUUAGACUUGUAGCAGCUGACCGAAGGUCCUGGAAGAUCCUUGCUUUUGGUGCAGUCAACGUGCUGUGCACUGGCUUCCUACUCAUGUGGUGCAGCUCUACUAACAGCAUAGCUUUAACUGCUUAUACUUACCUCACCAUUUUUGAUCUCUUUAGUUUAAUAACAUGUUUAAUAAGCUACUGGGUAAUGAUGAGGAAGCCUAGCCCUGCCUAUUCGUUUGGGUUUGAAAGAUUAGAAGUCCUGGCUGUAUUUGCUUCUACCGUCUUGGCACAGUUGGGAGCCCUCUUUAUACUAAAAGAAAGUGCAGAACGCUUUUUGGAGCAGCCUGAGAUACACACGGGAAGAUUAUUAGUUGGUACUUUUGUGGCUCUUUCUUUCAACCUGUUCACCAUGCUUUCUAUUCGGAAUAAACCUUUUGCUUAUGUCUCUGAAGCUGCUAGUACGAGCUGGCUUCAGGAGCAUGUUGCAGACCUCAGUCGAAGUUUGUGUGGGAUCAUUCCAGGACUCAGCAGCAUCUUCCUGCCCCGCAUGAAUCCAUUUGUCCUGAUUGAUCUUGCCGGGGCAUUUGCUCUGUGCAUAACGUACAUGCUGAUUGAAAUUAAUAAUUACUUUGCUGUGGAUACUGCCUCUGCGAUAGCCAUCGCCCUGAUGACGUUUGGCACCAUGUACCCCAUGAGUGUGUACAGUGGGAAGGUUCUUCUCCAGACAACACCACCUCAUGUUAUUGGUCAGUUGGACAAACUGAUCAGAGAGGUAUCUACCUUGGAUGGAGUAUUAGAAGUCCGAAAUGAGCACUUUUGGACCCUUGGAUUUGGCUCAUUGGCUGGAUCAGUACAUGUAAGAAUUCGACGAGAUGCAAAUGAACAAAUGGUUCUUGCUCAUGUGACCAACAGACUGUACACACUUGUGUCUACUCUGACUGUUCAGAUUUUCAAAGAUGAUUGGAACAGGCCUGCCUUACUCUCUGGGCCUGUUGCGCCCAAUGUCCUAAACUUCUCAGACCAUCACAUAAUCCCAAUGCCUCUCUUAAAGAACACUGAUGAUAUGACCCCUGUCACAUCAACACCAGCCAAACCCAGCAGCCCACCUCCAGAGUUUGCAUUUAAUACGCCUGGGAAAAACGUGAGCCCAGUUAUUCUUCUGAACACACAGACGAGGCCGUAUGGUUUAGGUCUUAAUCGUGGAACACCAUACAGCAGUGUGCUCAGCCAAGGACUUGCAGUUCCAGGAGUUGGAGCAGGCCAGGGAUUGAGGCCAGCCUUUCCACAUAUACCAAGUAGGUAUGGAAACAACAGGACUGGACAGCCAAGACCUUGAAGGACUCUGACUUAUUUUCAUGGGGAAUAUCGACUCCUUGGCUUCCAGUGUAUUUAGUAAUCCAACCUGCAUUGACUGUUGAACCAUUUAAGUGUCAGAUUGUUGUAGGCUUGUUCGUAUUUCAUGAAAUCUAUAAACUAUAUUUUUGUAAAAUGUCCUUGUGGCAGUGAGGUCUUUGAAAAUGUCCCGGGUGUUAAGUAAGCCUUCUUCAGGAAGUUUGAAUGUCAGCUGCUUUGUAGCCGCCUACAGUGUGGUGUGACCUGGCCUCUACAGGAAAGCCAUGUGGUGGAUGGAUCAGCGUCUUACUGAGAAUUCUCAAUUCCUUCAGUGGCAUUUAUAAACAUGUUUCAUGUUAGGGUGCCCAUCUUAGGAAAUGAAGACAUAGGUGUCCAUUUGAAAAGUAAGUGUCUCUUUUAUAGCUUUUCUAAGCUUACUUGCUACAUUUUUUGAGGUCCUCCUGAGUCAUUUGUUAAAUAAAAAGUAAAAGUUUCUGU